UUGGUUUGUCCACGUUUUUAAAUGCUCUAGUUGAGCGCACGUGUGUCAAAUUAGGUAUUCGAAUAUUUCAAAACAUAUAAAUUAUAUUGUCUUCUUCAUGAUUUACAGUAGUUUUAUAGUAUAUUUUUACGGAUCUACAUGUUUUAAAGGAUUAUAAAAUCCACAUUCUAUUGGUGCCAAUGCGCCCUUCACUUGAGCUAACUUUUAAUCAAUCACCAGAUGAUUAUUUGGCACGUAUUCAGACCUUUUCUGGAUCAUAACACUUACAAAUAUUGUAAACAUCAUGGUUACACACCACUUGUAUUAGAUUUACUUGGCUAAACCAUGGAUUUAAUGCAUUUAGAUGACCUCAAUUCUGAUUAUGAGUUGUCCAAUUCACUAAUGUUGUUUUGUUCUCAUGAUUUCUAUGGCAAUCGCUUGGCGCGCUGCAGUUUGUUUAUUGUGUCCUUCGCGCAUAGCGAAAAUAAAGUUUCUCUGUGUUGAGUUUGUUGAGGUGAACACUUUGAGAAUUCCCAAGAAAAGGCAAUAUUCUGAAGAAAGCCCAAAUUAUGAAUUGAUCAAUACGAUGACAGUAAACUCAAGAAAUGGGAAAUGCAACAUCUACUUUUAAAUUCGAUUUUUUUUUCAUCCAAAAAUAGUGAUUUCUAAAACUGGACAAGCCAUGAUCAUGUUUCGAACAAACCAUGAUCAAAGGUGGUCAAACCAUGAUCAUAACUUCUCUUUGUGGAAAAUCGUUAAAAAACAUAAAAAUUUGAAUAAUUUCAACGCCUUAUAGUUAGAAACUAGAGAUUUAGAGCUUUUCGACAAACCCAAACUCGUCUUGAUUAUAUGUGAUUUUCAUGAAGAAAAAUCGAUUUGAAUUUACUAGUUGCGUGAAAAAAUUCUAAAUUGGACAAACCAAGAUCAUUUUCCCUAUAUUAUACUAUUCAUUGUUAUGAAUUUGUUAUGUUAUUGCUUAGAUCGAUUGAUGCCAAAACCUCGUAAACCCAUAAGGAAAUAACUGAGCAAAAUUGUAAGUAAUAAGCCGCCGCUUAUGUCGUCAAUUUCGACCAACCAGAACUGGGUAUUUCCGUUAGGUUAGGGGUUGACAUUUUUCAAUUGGAUUUCAAUUCGUUAGUUGAAUUCAUGACAUAUAUUAUUUUAUUCAAUUAAGAAAUUUGUUAUGGAGUGCCGAAAUCGAUUGACGCAAAAAUCUCAUCAAUCCAUCAUGGCAUGACCGAGUUUAUUACGUUUGAAAAUGGACAUUUUUCACGAUGCGAUCGAUUUUUGUUUUUCAAUUUGUAACCCCAAUCCUACGUCAAUUUUUAAAGUAAUCCUACGUUAAAAUGGUAUUGUCUCGCUCAAAACGGUACGUUUGGCCAGCCUAUUCUUACCCGACUAGUGGUUCUGAACUGACUUCCAAUUCAGUAGCAAAUAAACUCACAACAACGUAAUAUACAGGAUGUAAACAACGCAUAGAAACCGUGAAAUAUUAAGGUAAUAUCUGUUAAGUGAGAGCACAGUUACAAAUAUUUUAAACUUUGGCUAUAACUUUGUACUCACGCUAAAUACUAAAUCAAUUUGUUAUGAGAAACAUCAACCAUAGGAAACGGAGCGACCGGAGGAGUGGUGAUCAGAAUAAUGUGAAACAAGUUCAAGUGGAAGCGUAGAUUGUGUUUUUUUUUCUAUUUUCACCUGAAACUCUGUUAUCUCCGUUAGACUUUUGUCCUACCGUAUGUUUUUGUAUUCAGGAGAUAUUUUAGCGCUGCUCACAGCUCUCGCUUCACAUUCGCCAGAGCGCGAAUACGUGGUGGGCAAAAGUUCUCGCAUCACGUAGGCUCCCUAUUUGGAUGCUCUCUCUCUCUCUUGCAUUGAUUAGGUCGGCAAGUGAGAAACUGAGAAGCUGAAGCUCAAUCGAGAUUACGACAGUGUAGUAGCAUUUACUAGCAAACGAGCGAAAGUGUAGUUCACAGGCGGGCGGAUUUUUCUUCCUUUCUUGUGCGUUGUGAAAAAUUACCAGUGCCAAAAUCAUAAAAGAAAACAGGAUUAGAACAACACAGGAGGCAGAUUGAUACAAUUCUCUUCAAAGUGCGUUGUGGACAAGCGAAAGCAAAACAUUAAUUUUGUUUUGGCGAAUGAUGUGUUGUUAAGCAACAUAAAAAGGCACAUAAAAAUUGAAUUUUUUUUCUAAGCACGAAUCGCACAAAAAUACGAACUCUGUAAGGUACAAAUCAUGAAUCAGGACAGUUCUGCUGGACCGAGCUCCUCCGGCCAGAGUAGUGGUGCAUCGGCGGCAGGUGGUAGCAGUAGUGAUUCAGCCGCGGGAUGCAGCAGCAGCAGUGGCUCGACAGCAGGCCCCAGCAACAGUGCUCCGGUGGCGGGAUGCAGCAGUAGCAGUGGCUCAACGGCUGGUCCUAGCAGCAGUAGCAGCGAUAUGCCGACGGAAACCCGCCAGAAGACCGUAACGGUGAAGCAUCCGGAAUCCAACAAACCCAAACCCACCACCAAGAAAACUAAAGCGAUGCAGGCGUCCAUCGAUAUGACCAAAGCUUUCCAUCGGUGCAAAGAGGAAAACAUUCUGCGGCUUGAUAUGAGCAAAUCUUCCAUCACUGUCAUUCCGUCCUCCGUUAGAGUUUGUACCAAUCUCGUCGAAUUCUACCUGUAUGGAAAUAGAAUAAGCCGUCUCCCGGAGGAAAUCGGUCAUCUGUCGAACCUGAAGACACUGGCUCUGAAUGAAAACUCGCUGAACUCGCUGCCCGAUUCCAUGCAAAAUCUGAAGCAGCUACGGGUGCUGGAUUUGCGGCAUAAUAAACUCUCGGAAAUUCCUCCCGUUGUGUACAAGUUGAAAUCCCUGACAACGCUGUAUUUGCGCUUUAAUCGCGUCAAGAAGGUUGGUGAUAGGGUGAGAAAUCUCACCAAUCUGACGAUGCUCAGCUUGCGCGAGAACAGAAUUAUCGAACUGUCGGAGGAAAUCGGCCACUGUAAGAGCCUGACGACGCUGGACUGCUCGCAUAAUCAUUUGAGACAUCUACCGGAGGCGAUCGGUAAUUGCACUAAUUUAACGGCGCUUGAGUUGCAACACAACGAGCUUAUGGACAUUCCCGAGUCGAUAGGCAAUCUGUCCAAUUUGAUGCGGUUUGGCUUGAGAUACAACCGCCUGUCGUCGAUUCCGGCCACGCUGAAGAAUUGCAUCAACAUGCAAGAUUUCAACGUCGAGGGUAACGCCAUCAGCCAGCUGCCGGACGGUCUUCUGGCCAGUCUAACCAACCUGUCCAAUAUCAGUCUUGCCCGUAAUGUGUUCCACAGCUAUCCAUCCGGUGGGCCGGCUCAAUUCACUAAUGUUGCCUGCAUAAACUUGGAGCACAAUCAAAUUGACAAGAUUCAAUACGGGAUCUUUUCGCGGGCCAGAGGACUCACCAAGUUGAAUAUGAAGGAGAAUUCACUCACUACGCUACCCCUUGACAUUGGCACCUGGACGCAUAUGGUCGAGCUGCAGCUCAGUACCAACUCGCUGACGAAGGUCCCGGAUGACAUUCACUGCUUGCAGAAUCUUGAAGUACUCAGUCUUUCCACCAAUUUGCUGAAGCGUAUACCCAGCACGAUCGGGAAUCUAAAGAAACUUCGCGUGUUGGAUUUGGAGGAGAAUCGUCUCGAGUCGCUCCCAUCGGAAAUUGGACUCUUGCACGAGCUGCAGGAACUCAAUCUGCAGUCCAAUCAGCUGACAUCCCUCCCUCGGACCAUCGGUCAUCUGACCAAUCUGAUCACACUAUCCGUUGGCGAGAAUAAACUUCAGUACCUGCCGGAGGAGAUCGGCACAAUGGAGAGCCUUCAAUCGCUCUACAUUAACGAAAACCGCAUGCUCGUGAAGCUACCGUAUGAGUUGGCUCUGUGCCAGAAUUUAUCCAUCAUGAGCAUUGAAAACUGUCCGCUUUCGGCACUCCCACCGGAAGUGGUCAGCGGUGGACCCAGUCUGGUGAUACAGUAUCUAAAGCUACACUCACCCUAUCGACAGAUGUGAUUUGUUGCAGCAGCAAACAUUGAUACUCUAGCUGCUGCUUAAUGGGCCUCCCCCGCCCCACUUUGCUCGUCGUUUCAUCGUUCCGCUUUUCUUACACACACAUUUCCGCUGUAAGAAGAUAUCCCUGUCCGUCCUCGGGUGGUGCUGUGUGCGAUAUAUAAUAGGUGUUCACGCACGCGGAGAGCGCCCUGGGGCGGAUUGGUUUUGUUCUGUUUGAAAGAAAAAAAAAAGUAAAAAUAUUGAUGUGAUUAAAAUAAAGCUUUAAAAAAAUAUUACUAUUGAAAAAUUAUGAACAAAAUAUAUCCAGUGUGAAUAGAUGGAAAUAAGUGAAAUCAUUGAAAAAAUUAUAUUUGUGAUUAGUAUCAAAACAGAGCAGGGCCACGCAGAGUCUGAGAUGAGGUGCAGAUGUUGGGGUAAUUCUUUCGUUGCAAGCAGACAGGAUUUGCAGACGCUCGGACAGUGUUUUUUUCCUCUGAGAAACCAAACACCGGGGAUUCACUCCUCUUGCGAUCAUCCAACGAAUGUGGGGAUCCAUGUGACUGCCACCACCACCAUCAGACGCAUCAAAUGGGAGCGAGAGGUAUCAAAUUUCACGCGUCCUCGUUUCGGUACGUGACGAUCCAAGAUUAAGGAUGAAGGAAACCAGAAGUUACAAAAAAAAACAGUCAGUUUGAAGAAAAACCCGAAACCAUUUUUUUGUUUGUGCGGGUAACGAAGAACGACAUGAAAGAGAGUGUAAACUCGAUGUUAUUUUUUAUCGAUCAAUUUUAUGUGUUAUUUUAUCCUGCUACAGGAAACACGAUUAAUAUAUAAACGAAGACAAUGAAGCAAAGCCAAAAUGUUAAUCCCCAACCUAUUCUCUAUGAGCGAAUUCAUACAGGUCGGUUAGGUUUUAGAAGAUUGUUUUUUUUUUUGGGAACUGGACACGGAAACGAUAAUCGAUUUCGAAGGCAAUCAGUUUUACUUUUUAAUUAUAGGAAAAAAACUUCUCAACAACCAGUUUGUUGGGAUCAGUGUUGAUGGCCGUCUAGAGGAAUGUUAGUUUAAACAUCAGUAUAUUAGAUGUAACGUUUGUAGGAUAAUUAUUUGACUGUGUAAAACAAUUGUACCUUUUUUGUUGGGCAAAUCUUCUCACGUGAAGGUGCUCUCUUGAUAUUUGUAUGAUGCUUCACUUCCCUUUUUUUCAUGUUCUACCAUUUAACGCUCUCAGUUUGUGGCAUUUAUGGAGUGUUGUGUUCAUCCUCUCCCCUAAAAUCUGUAGCAUGUAAGAACUGUAACGAAUUUUUAGUCGUAAUUUGAGAACCAGGGAUUCCCAUUGUUGAAAUUUGUAAAGUUUGGUUAUGAAUCAGCCAUUUUAACUCGAGUGCUAUAUACAAACAUCUUCCUUUCAAAAAGAUGUUAAUGAUGAUUUGAAUUUACGUUAUUUACAUUUUGACUGUUACCCAUAAUCGUUCAUUUGGAAAUCACGACAAAUGAUUUGAACAGUUGAAACGUGACUAAUAAAACAUAAAUCACAGUGUUCGAAAAAAUGUUCCAAUUUUCCCGAUAAUUUCUACAGAUACUAGCCCAUCAACCUAUUGGGUAUGUAUAACCAAUGAUAUCCUCAUCAAAAUAAUCGCCAAACAUCGGAAAUCAUGCGACGCCCCGGGUGUGCUUGCGCUGGUUCGCUAAUCGCGAGGAAGCAAGGCGCACUGCUCAUUCGAGACUGGUGCAACGGGAAUCUCGCAUGGUUCCAUCAUAAAGAAAGUGGGGAUUCAUGCCCUGAAACAUUAUUCACCACAAACGCAUCUUUAAGAAGCAAACUUUCCACGUUUAUUUUCUAGUCAACGGGAAGUAUCAAUAAAUGAAUAAAUAAAUAAAAAAUGUGCUUCAUCAGCACCUAUCUAUAUUAUAUGUAGUUUGGAAUUGGCUUGAUAGAUUUUAGAAGGUUCGUAGGUUGAUAAUCAGGCAGAUAGUCUCAUACACAAUUACGUACAAAAGUUCUAUGCAACGGAAACAAAAUCUACAUUUUCAAACAUAAAAUAGAAAUCCCAAAAUUAGUGAACAACAGUGAAAUGGCCUAACCAAUGAUAAAAAAAGUUGUAGUGAGAUGUGCGAUCAAACAAAAAAUAUUGUAUGGUAACGUAACAAUGAGUGUAACGGAGGAGAACAUGAAAAACCAGAGUAUAUGAUCUAUUUAUCAUCGUUAUUAUCCCAGAACACAGAUAAGAAUCAUAAAUAAAUGAGUCAAAGAAAUGAAAAAAAAACAAACAAAGAGAAAUACAUGUUAAACGAUAUACAAAGAGACAAAUGAUGGCAUUUAAAAGAUUAUAUGAAGGAUUUAAAAAAGUGUAUCGAUGCACGCACUCAUAGUGUGCAAGUAUGAUGUUGUAUUUAAAGGAAUAAAAAAUAUCCCACAAUUAGGAUGCUGUAGUAGAUUCAUAUACAUAUACGAAGGAAUCCAGCUCUGCUUCUUUCCGAGGAACAAUGUUUUGAAAUUAAAUAAAGUGAAUAUUUCAGUUCCUUCCGUAAAUGAUAUUGAUCUUCAGUGCCAUAUUUUUUUUUACAUUUACUUGAUGAUUCUAUUCAAACAUUACGAUGCAACCGUUUAAAUGUUACGUUGGAAAGUUUCCCCAAAUCUAUUCCUUGGUAGUUCCUAUGAAGUAAAUUAACCAGACAAACCCUUUCUGAAGAUGCAUAAUGAACUACUAAUUACCGAAAACAGAUUACAAAUGGCAGAUAAAAAACACACAAUACGCACACAAGUAAAGUAUUCAGUGGAAAUACCGGAUAAGAAUAAUAUUUAUAAAUCGUAGAAGUAUUAAACUGAAACAAUGAAAUAUUAAAACAAAUAAAAAUACUAUAUCUGUAAUUGUAUAAUAUAAUUAUGCUGUAACUGUGUACAGGAAGAACCAGA